GGUCAGAACCGUAUGGAACAUUCUGGGUUGAUAAAGACCAUGACGUAAGGUUUGUGCCGAUAAAAGUUCCUAUAAAAGGAAUCGGAUUCGGCAGAACUUUCCUUCCGAACAAGAUGCUGAGUUUGGUCUUCUCUGUUCUGCUGCUCUCAGGAGCCUAUGGAUGUGGGGUUCCCACUUACGCUCCAUCUGCCCGAGUGGUGAAUGGUGAAAACGCCAAACCCUACAGUUGGCCUUGGCAGGUCUCUCUGCAGUUCCUGGAAGAUGGGGUAUUUUUACACAAUUGUGGGGGAACCCUUAUCGCCGACAGAUGGAUUCUGACUGCCGCCCACUGUAUCAACUUCUCCUGGACCAAUCGGGUCGUGGUUGGAGAUUAUGACUUAGCCAAUGAGGAAGGAGCAGAGCAGAUCUUCCUUAUUCCAUCUGAGGACAUGUUUGUGCACCAAUCAUGGAAAUAUAAUUGUAUCCCUUGUGGGAAUGACAUUGCCCUUAUCCGAUUGUCCCGCCCUGUGCAGAUAAGUGAUAAGGUUCAACUGAGCUGCCUCCCCCCCGCCGGGGAACUGCUCCCCAACAAUUUCUCCUGCUAUGCCAGUGGCUGGGGGCGACUUUACACUGGGGGGCCCAUUCCUGAUAUCCUGCAGCAGGCGCUGCUCCCGGUGGUGGAUCAUAAUCACUGCACCCAGAGAGACUGGUGGGGCACCAAAGUGAAACGCAGCAUGGUGUGCGCCGGAGGGGACAUUCGCUCUGUCUGCAACGGUGACUCUGGGGGACCCCUCAACUGCCAGGGGGCCGAUGGCCGGUGGUACGUACAUGGGGUGGCCAGCUUUGUGCAUGGCUACGGGUGCAACACCCUCAAGAAGCCCAGUGUGUUCACUCGCGUGUCGGCCUUUAACUCUUGGAUCCAGCAAACCAUCAGUGAGAAUUCCGUAAGUGGAUUCCAGUAGAUCCUUCCCGGGAAUCUGGGCGGAGUCAUCUCUUCUAUUGGUCCUUGUACUGAUUCUCCGGAACACAGAUCCAAUAAAUCCUCAGCAAUUCAUAAGA